CUAGUGACAAUAGCGUAAGAAAUACCGAGUUAGUGAGUAGCAAACGAUCGAUUUGAAAAGGCUACCUUACAACUUACGACAUUAAAAGCUUUACAUCUUACAUCUAUAUGACUGUGUUUUUGAUAGACUCAAUACAAUUACUUAUUUAUACAUACAUAUAAAAUAAACACACUUGUUUCACACCUCAAUCAAAUAAAAUCAUACAGCAAUGUGCAACGAUGAGCAAAAGAGGAAAGUAUCUACUUAUUCGUAGGAUAGGUUAAAAGGAAUAGGUAGUAGGAAAUCUAGUAGAAAGAAAGCUGAGGAACUAGGAACAUAUAAAGGAUAUAAUUAGGAAAGAUAUAAUUAUAAAAGUUCAUAAAUUAAUACCCUUAAUUAGUUUUUUUUACUAAUAAAAAUUUGUUCGAUCUAUGGAUACGUGGCGACCUCCAGCGUGAUCAGAAGUAACCAAUUAGACUUGCACUAUUUGUCUAGUCAUCUUUCCCUAGAAACAUUGUUUUCAUCAUCAAUCAGUGUUUGGAUAUAUUAAGACAAUUACAAUACAUUAAAGUCUGUACUUACGUUUUCAAGCAAUAUUUUAAUUAAAUAUAAAAAUGAAUAAAGAAAGAAAAGCUACAGCAGCAAAAACUAUAAAGCAAAAGAAUAAUGAAAGUAAAGCAACAAGUAGCAAGAUGAUAACAGUAAACCAACAAAAAGCGAAAUCAAAUAAACUGUGGACUAAUAAUGAUAAAAAAAUAUUGUUAGAAGGUUUAAAAAAAUAUGGGGCCGAAGAUGUUGAAGCUAUAUCAAAAAUGUUGCCAAACAUGUCUUUUGAAGAUAUUAGAUGGAAAAUAGCUGAAUAUUCUGAAAUGGCAGAAUAUUUAUAUGAACAUGAACUAAUAAACAACUGGAUGAAUUGUGGAAUGUUUGAACCUGGGGAUAGUCUCAUCCCAGAAGCAUUAUUAUUUAUACAUUUAUUUGAAAAGCAUCCAUCUCCUUCAGAAGCAGAAGGUUUUGAUUUCAGAGCAAUAUAUAAUUUUCUUUAUCGCUCAAGUCUGGGACCAGUAUCAUACUUUGAUCUAUCACCAAAAGAUAGAGAUUUACUGUGUAUUUUGCUAUCAAGACUAGAACGCAAGAUAUGGCCAAAAUGUGAGAAAGAUAUCUGGGAAUAUGUUGGUAAUACUUACAAUAAAAGACAUAUUAAAAAAGUAUAUCCAGGAAAAAGGGUCCCAGGUCAACUUUUAUAAUAUCAUAGUUAUAGUUUUUUUAUACAUUCAUGUGUAAUGAUAAUAUUUAAUAAAUAUUAAUAAUGUG